AUGUCGUCAGAGUCUCAUUGGUGUCAAGAGGUCUAUGAGAUCAUGGCCACAGUCUCACGAUUUGACCAAGUCACCGUAAUAAGCCAGCAGGUAGUCAUUAUCGAAAUCGACGCAAAGAUGGGACUCGAACAAAAAUCCGAUUUGGUAGGAAAAUGGUAUUAUCCAGCGGAGUGCACGUCGGACAACGAUGACCUUCUUGUCGACUUGCGUGAACAGACGGCUUCAUGA